AUGGGUAAGAGCUGUGCUUUGAGGGCUACCUGUUCGUCCGAAAGCCACCAGCGAGGAUCGUCUGUUUGUGGAGCGUGCGUGAUUUAUUGGAUGAUCCGGCGGGUCAUGGACAUGGACUACAAACUUCAAGCUAUCCAACAACAAUUUGACGUGAAUUGGAUAUUGCAAAACAAAUGCGAGAGUGCUGUUAAGUCACAAUACGCUCCGGACCCGUUUGAUGCUGGAAGAAUUUUGCGAGUGGAUAUUACUCUACCAGAUGGAGCGAAAGAAUUUUUAUUUACAACUGGCCCUGAUGAUCCAGCCCUUGGAAUGGCGAGUACGCGUAUGAAGCUCCGUAAAGGACUGACAACGAAGAUCAAAGAGAAAUACGCUGCCGGCAAGCAGCUUUGUGGAGCAAGAGGUGGCGGACAGAUCGCUCCUUUCGCCAUGUUUUGGCUUGUGAAGCGAGGCCUGACUUACAUGCUUGGAUUUGAGUCCGAGCGCGAGCGAAACGCUGCGAUCAUGCUGGCACGAAGAUUUGCGUUUGAUUGCACUGUGAUGCUAGCCGGCCCAGGCGAUCGAUCACCUAUAGGCACAUAAACGAAGUGAAA